UGUCAAUUUUAAUACGGUAGUUUAUCUCUGUGAUUGUUGUGGUUUGUAAAAAGAUAUAUUUAAAAAAACGAUUAUAUUCAUUUCGUUUGAUUGAAAUAAUUAUAAUAAACCGUCAAAUAUAAGUAUAAUCAUGGAUAUAUUUUUCGUAUCGUAGUUAAUAUUCCUGGGCCACUACUCGAUGGCGCCAUUUUAAUAUGUUGUUGUGUUGUUUCCUGGAUUUUUAAAUUCCCCCUUUUAUGUAAAUGUGAAAGUUUAACAAGUUGUUUUUUUUCCUUUGAAACCAUCUGUUUGGAUCCAGAUUCCCCAAAAUGAACAACUUUUCUCCAAAUCCUUCCGAUUCAGGUUAUGUGGAUUCUUCCGAGAUACAUACUUCUAGUUUUCAAAAUGGGACUCCUUGUAAUAGGAAGAGGAAGGCUUCUUGUAUCGACAAUUGUAAACAUAACUUAUCAGAAUUCAUGGAUUAUUGCUCGCCCCAAUUUUCCAGUACUUUAAAUGGAUCCUUUAUGAAUACUUUUGAAAAAAUUCAUUUAAAUAACAAUCAUGAAAAAGAUUCAGUUAUUCAAUCACAAUCAUCUAAGAUGUCUAAAUUCCUAGAUAAACGUAAAUUCUGUUCAGUUCCCAAUACUCCAGAGCAACAAGUUAAAUAUAGUAGAGAUACAAUUACAAAAAAAGCAAAUACUAAUAGUUUUAUCAAGAAUUUUGCUCAAUUUGGUAUGCAAUCACAAUCACCCUUAAAUAAAGAAGCAUACGAUAUCCUAUACCCAGAAUUACCAUCUCUCGAAGGCAAAAAACCAGCUACUCCACUUAAAAAUGAUAAAUCAUCGAAUCACGUUAAAAAGAGGCUUUUUCACAUACCAAAACAGAAUCUCUUAAAAACAAUAAUAUCAAACAAUGUAAUCAUGAAUAUAAUUUUCAAAGAUUUAUCUAAUGGGGAUCUGUAUAGAUUAGCACAAGUUUCCAAUGGUUUCAAAGAAGCAAUUUUAUCAAAUCAUGAUGCUUCAAGUAGAUAUUUGAUUUAUUCUGAGUUUUAUAAACACCACAAAGAAAAUUAUAGGAUAACCCCACCUGGUUCCCCUGAAAAAGAUAGUAGUUCAGAUACAGAACAAGAAGCCAGUCCCGGAUCAAAGAAUUUCAUCAAUUUUGUUCAUUUUGCAAAAAAGCUGAAUAGAAAUCAAUCGUUAAUAAAGUGCCCACAAUGUCAGAAACCCUCCGUGGUAGAAAACGAUAUAGCGCAAUGUCAAAAUUUCACUAGAUGUGGAUAUAUCGUUUGUAUAAAAUGUGAUAGCUUUGCGAAUAGCCCAAAAGCAUUCAUAGAUAAAUGCAAUAAUGCGCGAUUAUUAAAUACUACCAAACAUAGAAGUUUAUUGGGAGAUUUGAGUAAUUGUACAACGACGAGUGAUUACAUGACAGAUAUUUCAAAUUCCAUAUUUUCUUCGUCAUUUAAUCUAAACAUGUCGAAUAGAGAUGAAUCGUCUGGUACAUUUUCUGAUUAUGCAGUUUCGACACCUAAACAUAACGUUAAAAGGAAUCUGUCUAAAUCGUUCAUGGAUAAUUCAGAAGUAAAAAUCUUUUCGGCUUCGAAUGCAAGAAUUGUGCCACGUCCAAUGAAGAAAUUGACUCGUAAAACAUCACUAGUUCCAGUGAUACCUUUGGAAACGACUAAAACUAGUUCAGAUAUAACGGAACCUCCAAGUCCUCCGAAAAUUCAACAGCAUCUCGUCUGUUCCAAACAAAAAUCCGAGAAACGUCUUCCGUCACGUGACUAAUACGUCAGCAACAAU